GCGAACGCACCGUCUUAAUCCGAGCGGCCAUUUUGACCUGAGAGCGUUUUGUCCGGACAAGAGAGCGUUUGCUAACAAGAUAUUCGUCAUGGAUAAGGAGUCCAUAGAAAAAGUUCUGAGGGCCGUCCUUCAGUCUUGCAAGUCCGGUAUUUCAAUCAGAAGUCUCCAGUCAGAGUUUCACUCUCUUUGCGGGGAGAACAUCCCCCUGAGAAGGCUGGGUUUCCAGACGCUGGAGGACUACCUCAAAAGUAUUCCUUCUGUGGUGAAGCUCGAGUACCGCAUGGGAGAGAUGAUGUGCUUUGCCUGUGUGUGCGAAGCCACGGCACACAUCGCAGAGCUUGUUGCCAGGCAAAAGUCUCCAAAGAAACCUGCUCGAUUUAAGAAUGUGAGAUACGGCCUGAAGGGCAAACCACCUGACCCCUACCUGCCCAAUGCGAUUCCGAGAUUUUCUCUCAAGCAGCCGUCGUAUCACCCAUCUGCCGGUCGUCCUGGCACCUUCACGAAACCUACCGGACCUCACGAUGGUUCCAGAAACUACAGCAACUCUGGAUUUUACAAACCGAUGAAGCAAGAGACGAGGCCGUUCGCUGAGCUCCAGCACAGACGAGCAGCUGCUCCCCCCGCAGGGAUGCAGCAGGCCACUCCCCCCGCAGGGAUGCAGCAGGCCGCUCUCAUCAGAAAAGAGCCAGGCAUGGAGAAGAAAAGGGAUAUAGAAUGUAAAUCGGAUUCAAGGCAGACUGAAUGUCAGAGCUCUCCAUACGUUGAAGCAGAAGUGCAGAACAAAAUAAAACAGCUUCUCAAAAAGUACUGCUGCGGCCUGUGGAUGUCCAAACUGUCAGGGGUCUACAAGGAAAUGUUUCAACAGGAGCUUCAUCCUCAAGUGCUGACAGACCUGCAGAAGUGGACUGACGUCUGCAUUGUGGAGAGAGCUACUUUUAAAAACCCACCCGACUUCCUGAUUUAUCCUCUUCUGGUUUCCCAGCUCAAGACCAUGAACAACCCUCUGUUUGUGAACGUUCUCUACCAGGAUGUGUGCGUCUCAAACGUGUGUCCAGAUGGUACUUUGUACUGCCAGCUGCCUUCUCCAGAUUCGCUGAGGCUUGCAAAGAUACUUGAAGAGAUAAAUGCUUCAGUCGUCUCUCAGAUGACAACAGCGUCUCUGGUUUCCAAACCUUUCAUUGGGAAGUUCUGUUUGGCUCGGUUCAAGGAGAAGUGGGCCAGAGCAGAGAUCAGCAGAAUGUUUGGUGAGCGAGUGAUGGAGGUCCUCUUCAUAGACUUUGCUGUGCCAGCAACCGUCAAACUUACCGACCUUCGGGAGGUUCCUCCUCAGUCUCUGAAGGAAUGUGCUUUCAUCCCACCUCAGGCUGUGAAGUGUCGACUUGCAGACGUAGAAGCUCCCGGUGGAGAUUGGAGCCCAGAGGCCAUUGUGUGGUUGAAAGAGAAAGUUCUGGAAGCUGAAUGCUGCAAAGUAAAGAUUCUGAAGUUGGAUGAAUCCAAAGGUGACAGAGUGGCCCAUAUCCAUCUGUUUGUUGGUGGAGACGGUCCCCAGAACAGCAUCAACCUUCAGCUGGUUCAGUCCAAGUUGUUGCAGAGAGCCCCGAGCAGCCGUGGAAGCCUCAUAGAUGCCGCCCUAGACGUUUCUUGGACUUUACCUGUCCUGAAACGGACUUUCAGUGACCCGACCCUGAAUUGCUCUGUGGACCCGUCACUGCAGUCAAGUCACAAGUAUGCCCUCACCAUAAUGACCCCGAAGCCACUGGCGUUGCCCGCUCCACUGGAACUCCCAGAGCCGGGUCAGAACAUGGACGUGUUUGUGGUCGUGGCGUGCCAUCCAGGUUACUUUGUGAUGCAGCCGUGGCGAGACAUGGACAAGCUGGAGAGUCUGAUGUGGAGGAUGUUUAUCUACUACAGUCAGAAGGAGGAGUCCAGCACACUCAUGAACGUUCAGAAAGGAGACGUGUGUGCUGCCAAAAUAAACCAGCAAUGGCACCGUGUACAGGUGAAAAGGGUUCUGGCCAACGGUUUUGUUUCUGUCUACGAGUUGGACUACGGCCAACAGGAGUUGGUCCCAAAGUCUCUCAUCCAGCCUCUAGUGGAACCGUUCAGGCAGCUGUCCUUUCAGGCCGUUCCUGCACAGCUGGCAGGUGUGACCCAGUGCCAGUGGUCUCCAGCAGCGUGCAUGCUGUUCCGGAACCGCGUGGAGCAGCGCGCCCUGGUGGCACAGGUGGAGAGUUUUCAGGAUGUGGCAGAGGAGGUCAAGGAUGACCUCUGGAGGCGCAAGCUGACGGUUUACCUGGUGGAUACCACGCUGGAGGACGAGGACCUGUGGAUCCACUGCAUCAUGGCCGAGAUGGAGUGACUUGUUCUUUGUUCAAAAUUUGUUGCUGUUGUUAAUAAGCAUAAUAAACGACCUUUAACUAUU